GCUUGGUAGUCAACUGGUCAGGUCAAGGAUUGCAAAAACUGGGUCCAACCUUACCCUGUGAUGCUGAUACUCACACUCUGAUUCUGGACAAAAACCAGAUAAUUAAAUUGGAACACUUGGAGAAAUGCAGGAACCUGAUGCAGCUCUCCGUAGCCAACAAUCGCUUGGUGCGAAUGAUGGGUGUAGCAAAACUGACUAUGCUCCGGGUGCUGAACUUGCCUCAUAACAGUAUUGGGUAUGUGGAAGGGCUGAAGGAUUUGGUGCAUCUGGAGUGGCUGAAUUUGGCAGGGAAUAACCUUAAGGCCAUUGAACAAAUCAGUUCCUGUCUGUGUCUUCAGCAUCUUGAUUUGUCAGACAAUAACAUAGCUCAAUUAGGUGAUCUCUCCAAGCUUACCUCACUGAAGGUAAAUGCUGUCUCAUCUCUGGGUUUUG